AAAGGCGACGACAGCGCCGCAGAAACCAGUCGAGUUUCAGGCGCAACCCGCGACGCUACUGUACCACUGCGCUGAAAAGCCACGCUGUGUACCGAACCAACCGCGGCAUGGAAAUAGACAGUGCGCUUGUUUUUCAUAUUUAGUGCUCCAUAAACAAACGGCAAUCAUGUCGCCGCUGCUUGAUACGCUGCUGCGGUGGCGGCGCGAGGCGGGCCCCGAGACGGCGGACGAAAUAACUACGCCUACAUCGAAGAACAACACAAGUACAGAACCUCCGAUGCCGAUAACAUCGUCGACCGUGCCUCCGACGCAGGAGAGCAUCGGAGAGAAGACAGCGGAGAUAGCUCGCAAGAUGAACAUAGAACCUUGGCAGCUGGUGGCCAUACUUGUCGGUGUGGGAGUGGUGGUCCUCGGAAUAUGCUUCUGCUGCAUCAGACGGUGUUUCCGCAAGCGACGCUCCAAGGAUGGCAAAAAGGGAAUGAAAGGUGUCGACCUAAAAUCCGUCCAGCUUCUUGGUUCCGCUUACAAGGAGAAGGUUCAGCCUGACAUGGAGGAGCUCACGGAGAAUGCGGAGGAACCGGAUGACGGCGACUCCAAGAAAGAGGAACAGAAGCUAGGAAAACUCCAGUACAAGCUGGAAUAUGAUUUUAACAGCAACAGUUUGUCUGUUACUGUUAUUCAAGCCGAAGAACUCCCUGCCCUAGACAUGGGCGGUACGUCUGACCCCUACGUUAAAGUUUACUUACUCCCUGACAAGAAGAAGAAGUUUGAAACGAAAGUUCAUCGGAAGACUCUAAGUCCCGUUUUCAACGAAACAUUUGUGUUCAAGAACGUGCCGUACGCUGAUGCGAUGAACAAGACUCUUGUGUUCGCCAUCUUUGACUUCGAUCGGUUCUCAAAACAUGACCAGAUCGGUGAGGUGAAGGUGCCGCUGUGCCAGGUCGACUUGGCACAGACUAUCGAGGAGUGGCGCGAGCUGCAGAGUGUUGAAGGCGAAGGGGGGCAGGACAACAAGUUGGGAGACAUUUGUUUCUCAUUGCGUUAUGUACCGACGGCCGGGAAACUGACAGUUGUCAUUUUGGAAGCUAAGAACUUGAAGAAAAUGGACGUGGGCGGUCUAUCAGAUCCGUACGUAAAGAUAGCACUCAUGCAAAAUGGCAAACGUCUCAAGAAGAAGAAAACGAGCAUCAAGAAAUGCACACUGAAUCCCUAUUACAACGAGUCAUUUACUUUUGAAGUACCAUUCGAACAGAUACAGAAAGUUAACCUAGUGAUCACCGUGGUGGACUACGAUCGCAUCGGCACUUCGGAGCCUAUCGGCAAGGUGGUGCUGGGCUACAACGCGUCAGGCACCGAGCUCCGCCACUGGUCCGACAUGCUGGCCAGCCCGAGGCGCCCCAUCGCGCAAUGGCACACACUCAAAGACCCCGAUGAUGGAGAGAAGAAGGAUUAAACGCUGAACUGAGUAUAAGAAGCAGAAAAACCAAACUGAAGUACGAGUGUGAAGAAUAAGCGACUUUAUAAUUAUUUAUUUUUAAUUUAGAAUAUUUGCUGUUUAGUUAUACGUAUUAAAAUAUUGUGUUGGAUCCAGUAUGUGUCCCCCUAGAACUUUAUCAUUACCAAGCGCUUGAUAAAUGUGAUUUAAAUGUUGUCUUUAAUCGUUCCCGAUUUAAAAUUUAAUACUUAAAUAUUUCGGUGAAAAUUGUAAGUAAUUCCAAAGAUUUAAAUGUUUUAAAACCUCACGUAAUGAUUUCGCUAAAUAGAAUGUUGCUUACAAAUUCUAUGCGAAAACUGUGCAUGGUUUAUCUGCGAUAAGUUUGCAUCUGUGCAGUUCCGACGCGAUUGGUUUUGGGUUGUCGCACGGAUAACGUAGUUUACAGACACAACAGUUUAUGUAGGUAGAUGACUUGAUUGCAUUAGCGACUGCAUCGACGCAAGUGUAUCGACUAGAAUUAUUCUGUCACCUCGUCACGACUAUCUAAUACUCGUAUCUUGCUAAAUAAUAAGGAUGUUGGAUUAGCAAUAUGUAAGUUGUUGUGAGGAGUGUAGGGAUUGUUGUUAGAAUUCCUUUGCUACUUCCAUGUUCUUAGCGUCUAAUAUUAAUUUAUUUUAAUGUUCUCGCUAAUAAAUAAUCAGCUUCGUUUAAUAAGUGUGCUUUGUUAUCAAAAGCCGUUACUUGACGUAAAUGUAAUCGAAAAUAUAUUUCAUUUAAAACCCUAUUACAUGAAGCUGUGUAAAUAAGUUGUAUCCUGUUAAAUUUAUUACAUUCUAUUUUACUAUCAUAUAAGUGUUAUAGUAUUGAUACCCUUUUAUUAUAAUAAUAACAAUGUUCCUCAGGGGAAGAGAAUGUGCCGGCUACAUUAGUUUACGUUUAGAUAAUUUAAUUUGUUAUUAGACUACAAAAUAUAUUUUGUCGGGAUAGUAUUAUUCUCUUCUUGUGAGGAACAAUAGGCCUAUUGUAUAGGUACCUAAUCAUUAUUAUUUUAAGACAUGACAUUCUUUAUAAAUUAAUUAUUAUCUUCUGAAGUCCAGUGUCCAUCGAUUUAUCUGUAUGAGUUCGUUAGUCUUAUGUUCGAAUUAAGUAUAAAAAAUACUUAUAUAAUUUAGGUUAGGUAGAAUAAUUUAUUUUUAUUUUAUAGUUACGAAAUGGACACUCAAUAUACGUGGUAUCAUCGAAACUAGUCAAACGUAUAAGACUACCUACAAAUAAAAAUACAUACUUAUACUUUAAAAUUAUACUGUUGAAUAGUUCAAAAUCGUUUAAAUGGUUCUUUACGAUAUAAUGUAAAAUCGUGAUUAGACUGCUGUUCGUCUCGUCGUGUCGGUAAGGUUCGUCUCGAGCGAUUUAUAAAUCUCGUCGCAAGUUAUCCUAUUUCAUUCGUAUCGGUUCGAGGUACCAACGUAUUACUGUUAGGUAGGUAAACAAUCAUCGAACCAUCUCUUAACUUUGCGGUUCGAGUACCUAUUUAUACCUACAUACUUAGCUAAAGCUUGACUGUUGUUGAUCUCAAACAUAUGUGUUAUUGUGUAUAUAAUGUAAUCACAUGUUAAAUUCCACAAUCACAUUAUACUUAUGUACGUAUAUCUAUGUACCCAUAGGGGUGAUGGAGUCGGGCUUCAAGUAAAUUUAGAAGUGCACCAACACGAAACAAGUAGGAAUAGACUUGUGGUUCAAGUACUGUAUUUAACAAUAAAUAUAAUUACUAUGUUAAUAUAAUAUAGAACUUAUUUAUAUUUGUAACAGAUUCAUUGACAGGAAAGGCAGAAAUCAGUUUGCCUCUGUCGUUAAAAAUACGCCUCGACGAAAUGAUAAUGAACAUGCUGAUAACAGCAAAUCAGACGAAAAUAUUUUCGUCGUGAUAAAACUUGAUAAAUGAAAAUAUUCUGGUAUACAGAGCAUCUGUCGUGAAUCUGUUGCAGCUCCACUCAACUACUUUAUAAUCCCUGACCGCGCAGAUCGAGCGGUUGCGCCUCGGUAGAAUUGACAAUAUAGAUAUUUCAAACGCUAUUUAUUAUUAACAUUUUGUAAUAUUAAGAACAAACGCCAGGAAAUAUGUGAAUAAUCGCUAGAACGUAAUAUUAAGAAAUAUCGGAACUACAUAAUACAUGAUUCGUACAUACUCUCAUGCUGUUAGUAACCUUCCCUCACUAUAGUCAUCACAGCCCUAUCAAACAUUUACAAUUUGAUUGAACUCUACUGAAAAGGUUGUACAUUUACUAUUUAAUCUCAAAUAAUACCAAUGAAUUAUUCAUUGAAUAUGAUAACUGUGGAUGACUAGAGACCAAAGUUACAAUGACAUAAGUAAAAACACAUAUCUUCACAUUAAAAUAAAUAGUCUAUUUAUAUCACGAUAGAAUGUAUAGAAAGAACAAUGAGUGUUUUAUUUGUGUCAUUUAACUUUGACGACAUACACUAGAAGUGUUUGGUAUGUAAAACCGUUCUCAAUCCAGGUUGAUAAACAUUUUCAAUUGGAAACCUGUAUAGCAAUCUCUAUGAGUGAAAUAAAAAUUUAAUCACACUUUAAGUGUAAAAUGUUAUAUCAUUGAAUAGUUAGCUUGUAUCAUACAAAGUGGUGUUAAUGUGUUGGGCUGUUGUAAUCAUUGCUGUUUGUUACAAACUCCUUUGCUAACUUUAGAAUCGUAAAAGUGUAACCAAUGUUAAUGAAACUUUCAUUUGUAGUUCAGAUAUUCACAACUAUGCAGGGUUUAUCUGUAACUCUUACUUGCCCAUCUCUUGCACCAACUAUAUAAAAUAUACUUGUAAUUUUGUUGACACAAAAUUGUUAUCAUAGAUAUAAUGUAUAUACUUAACUCUGAAACGGAUUGAUAAAAUAAAUUAUCAUAUCACUUGCCACUUAAAUAAAAAAUCAUUGUCUCAUUAUUAUGUUAAAGAUUUUAUUAACAUUUUGUUUAGAAAUAUUAGAUACUUUAUUUUAUUAUUACACAAUAUAAUUUUUACUAGAGUUUAUAAUAGUAAUGAAUUAUGUAAACUAUAAAAAUGUCUAUAAUACAUAAUUACAUAGACAAUUGGUUUCAUUUUUGUCCUCUAAUUAAAAAAUUAAGCACUAUUUACAAAUGAUUGCGAACAAGUAG